UUCGAAUCACACGCGUUCCGAAACUUCCGUGCCUUUUUUUUCUACCUUUCUUUUCCUCUUUAACAUAAAAGAUGGCAUCCGAUGACCGCGCGUCACAAUUAGUACAACAACUUUUAACCAAUCCAACGGUCCGAAUCAAGGACACGAAAGCAACUACAGAAAAAUUAAGCACAAUCCUUCAGGAUGGACGACCGAAUCUCCAUUUUAUCUGUGACUUUGACAUGACAAUGUCACGGUACUAUACGCGAAAUAAAGAUACCGGCGCAUUACAACGUAAUCCUUCGUGUCACGGCGUUCCAAGCCUUUACUCCAAAAUGGAUCCAAAGUUCAAGAUAACUACUGACAAUUUACUGAACACGUAUUAUCCGAUCGAGAUUCACAAGGAGAUGACGCGUGAGCAAAAGUUACCCUAUAUGAUUGAAUGGUGGCAAAAGGCACACGCGGCAAUGUCUGCACAAAAAAUAACUCGCGACGAUAUUCGAGGGAUGGCCGAAGAAACACCUGUCGAGCUACGACCUGGUAUUGACACUGUUUUGGAGCUAUGCUAUACCCGAGCACUCCCUUUCCUAGUCUUCUCAGCAGGCAUUGGCAACAUUAUCGACGAGAUCCUCAAGGAACACAAGCUCAUGUUCCCAAACAUGCACAUUGUGUCCAACAUGAUGAAGUUUGACGAGCAAGGAGUCUGCGUUGACUUUGAAGAGCCACUGAUCCACGUCUUCAACAAGUCCGAAUUCCAACUAGAAAACACACCCUACUACAAGACGAUCAAGGAUAGGGCCAACGUUAUUUUGAUUGGUGACUCAGAGGGCGACUUACAGAUGUCCCAGGGCGUCAAGCAUAACUUGUGCCUGAACAUUGGAUUCUGUAAUCACGAUUGCGAGGCAUUGGAGCCAAAAUAUACCGAGAAAUUUGAUAUUGUCAUUAUGGGUGACGCAGACUUCAAUCCUGUCAUUGACAUUCUAGAAUGCCUCGGAUGAAGCGUAUAGCUUUUGUAUGGUAUUAUCCCUCAUUUUCAAUUUAGAAAACAUGUUGUAGUGUAUUUGAUUGGCGAGGUGAUAAUAAAUAUCUUUGGCUUGACUGUUACAAAACUACGAGGAUGAGCACGACUGUCGGCUUAAAUACAAACGAUGAGAUCAGCAGCAGCAGUGAUCACAUCUUACUCGAAGCUGGAGCUAUGGUGCUGUGUCCAGGAAGACGGGACAGGAGGUUGCCAGCCUUGUGUUGUAACGAUGUGGCAGUAUGCGGCGACCUACAGCAACUAAUAAGAAAUGUGAUCUCAU